AUGUCGAGUUCUGAAUUUGAUUCUGAUUCGAGCAUUGACCACAACGUGAAGAGGCUCAUUAGACGUCCUCGAGAUGAUUCCGAAAAAUCCAAAAUAAAUGCAAAUGACUCACUGGCAGCAGUUACGGUCAAGAAACGAAGGCCAGCUGGUAAAGUUGGUAAACCAAGUGCUGUGCUGAGGAAUUCACGACCAAAUUCACAAAAUGAACCUCGCCGAGGUCAAGUCAGGUCGUCAAAUAUAAAUGAUCAAACAAGAGGUUCUAAUUCAUUUUAUCAAGGCGCUCUUCUGGGGUCAUUUUUGGGAGCCACCUUGACCACUGUAGUGACGAACCUGGUCGCUAGAACUUUUCAAAAUGGUUAA